UCAGCCUUUCCUUACACUUUACGUCCGCUGAAGUAUUGAUCAUUGUUUUGUGUUUUUCGUUUCUGUUUUCCUUGUUUUUAAUCGCUAAAAACAUACUGCAAGACUUCACCUCAGGGGUCAUGGUAAUUGCUUGUUUGCUCUGAAUUUUUUCGCAUUUCUUCUGUCUGCCUCAAGUUUGGUAGCAGGAUUUUGGUGUCUUCUUGGCAACAAGUACAUGACAACGUUAUUAUUAUCAUAUUGGUCAUUGAACAUCUUCUGAAUUCUUGUCCGUAUUUCAAUAUGUGAGUUUAAGAAACGUCUAUCAUGGGAGACAUGUCUACAGAUCAAGAUGCUAAAGGGGCUGGACAAGGCGUUAUAAACCAAACUCAGAAGAGUUCUAAUGAGUUGUACAAGUAUGUCGACCUAAACGGCGGUGGGUGUCUUGUUGAAGCAUUCAGGAGAGCUCAGGCAAGGAAGGACUUCACUGAGGUAGAAGAACUCAUCGAGGGAUUUCGUGACAAGUUUUUGUACAACAAUGGGGCUGGAAAGGACGUCGAUAUAGAAGAACUUGUUCAAUGGAGACUAAAGAGUCGCAAGGUUCAAAAACCAUCUAAGAGAGAAAGCUCUUUGAAGGCUUGCUUUACUAAAUGUUCAAGUCGAGUGGAGGAUACGAUCGAAGCCGUUGGAACAGAUCAUUAUGCAAUGAAAACUGAGAACAUUGAGAGUACGACAAGAUCUGUUUGCUGGGAUAUCAACCAACGUGCUGCUGUGGGAGAAAAUGUCCUUCACUUGUGUUUUCUGAAUGCAACUCAAGUGCACUAUGAUAUAGCCAAGUUAAUCAUAAAGAAAUUCCCUUCUCUUGUCAAUGAUAUUUAUAUCAGUGAUGAGUUUUAUGGUGAAAGUGCCCUGCACAUGGCAAUUGUCAAUGAAAAUCAACAUAUGGUUCACAUUCUGUGCAAGAAUGGUGCAGACAUACAUGAACGUGCCUACGGAGCUUUCUUUUGUCCUGAAGAUCAACGAAAAUCAAGAAAAGAUCGUGCAGGGCAGGAGACUAUUGUUCUUACUGAUGAGACAAAUUAUGAAAGCAACACUUAUUUUGGAGAAUAUCCAUUGUCUUUUGCUGCAUGUCUUGGUUUAGAGGAUAUGGUGCGAUAUUUCAUAGUCAAAGGGGCGUGUCCCAAUAAACAGGACACAAAUGGCAAUACUGUUCUUCAUAUGAUGGUUAUUCAUAAUAGAAUGGACAUGUAUGACCUAAUUUUUGAUUAUGGAUGCCACUGUGCUUGUCAGUGUGGAAAACCACUUAACACUGUUAUGAACAACAUGGGCUUGACACCUCUGACCCUCGCUGCUAAACUGGCUCGCAAAGAGAUGUUUCAUCACAUUUUGACACGAGAGAGAGACGUGUUUUGGAAAUAUGGUGAAGUGACAUGUGCUGCAUUCUCUCUGAAAGAUCUUGAUACACUGACAACAGAAGGCCAGAUAAAUGAGAAAUGUGCAUUAAACCUUAUUACACAUGAGGAAUCAGUAUCACACUUGGUCCUAUUUGAUGGAAUCCUGCACAAUUUGCUCAAAGAGAAAUGGAAGCAUGCCUGUCGUUAUAGAUUUUAUCAGCUUCUGGCUCUGUACAUCUUCUUUCUCAUCACAUUAAGUGUUGCUGUUCUCCUCCGCCCUCUUGGUGACUUGCAUUGUGAUGACAAUGUUAAAAACAGCAGCCCUACAUCCAUCAACUCCUCCAUUACAUCAAAUACCACAAGUUGUGAUUCCUGUUUUCUCCUCAACACAAUUAAGAAUGACAGCACUCAACAGGUUCGAGCUGCUUUUGAAAUCCUGACAUUGCUGUUUGCUUUCAUCUACAUCCUUAUCCUCAUUCGAGAGGUGAUUUUUCAGGAGGGACUCAAGCCUGUUUUCUUUGACUUGGUUCACAAUCCUCUGCGACUCCUGCUGGUGUUAUCUUGUGUGUUAUUACUAACCUGCUUAGCAGCACGCUUCACUUGUGAACCUAAUCUUGAAGAUCACCUGGUAAUUGCAGCUCUUGUUCUGGCCUGGCCUUACUCUCUCACAUUCUGCAGGGGGUUUGCUCUUGUAGGGCCUUUUGUGGUUAUGAUCUAUCAGAUGUUAAGGAGAGAUUUCAUCAUUUUCUUCAUUAUUUAUAUGAUUUUUGUAAUUGGAUUUUCUCAAGCCAUGUUUUUGGUGACACUUGGGUAUGACGACAAAUCCAUCCAGGAAAAUCUCUUUACACGCUGGUUUUCUGCCGGCCUUGGACUCGUAAUUCUUUCAUUAGGAGAAUAUGAGGAGUUGUAUGAACAAGUGGCACACAGUAACUCGCCGUUUAAAAUUCUGGGUUUGAUCAUGUUUUUCCUGUUUAUGAUCCUCGGAGCCUUGUUGAUUGUGAACAUGUUGAUUGCUAUGAUGGGAAACACGUACCUUAAAGUUGCAGAAACUGAAAAGGAAUGGACACGACAGUGGGCUCGUAUUGUACUUGCCGUAGAGCGCAUGCUCACCCCGAAACAAAGGCUCGCUGCACAGAAGCUGUACUCACAGAGCGUGGGUACUAACGAGGAAAGAGCACUGAUCAUGAGGCUGCGGAAACAUGAAGAUCACCAACAGACCCAAGUUUCUAACGAUCCAAAACAACGGGCAAAAGGCAAAGUCAAGGAUUCCAUACCACAGCCGAGGAAGGAUUACGAUUGGUUGGAUACGAGUGUGUGAAGAAAUCCUAUUGGUUCGCUGUCACUGAAUCGAUUAAUGGACACCACAUGUAGUGAAUUAUUAACUCCCUGAGUCUCCUUGAGUCAUGUGAUCUCGUUAUUAUCGAAAUGAGUGUAUUCAGUAAAAAUUUUUCAUGAGUUAUUCAUAAUUCUUUACAAAGUUUUUUGAACUUUCACAUUUGUAGCUUAACCUCAUCGUAGAACACUUAUUUAAGGCAGUUCGACCCAAGAAACAUUUGUCAAAAUUCUUUUUUGGUGCAAAAACACAAUUUGAUAAAAUACAAUGUGAACGUCUCCUCCUUCAUUUAAUAACCUUUGCAGGUAAAUGAAUCAAGAAUCAAAGUAAUAGGAGUUUCUGUUUGUUCUACAAAUGAAUGUUUUUUCAAACACCAAUGCAUUUUGUAGUAGUUUGAGUAUUGCUUGUGAAAAUACUUGUA